UACAUUAAGCUAACACUAUUAGCCAAAAAUGCUAAGCAACUUCUUACAAACUGUCUCCAUUUUCAUGCUGUUUCAUGGUUGUCUCAGCACUAAUGAUAUCAAUUCUGACACUUACUGUAUUUGGACGAGGUCUGUGUCAGGCGGGCAAACACAGCUUGCGUUUCUCCAAAGGACUCAGACAUCUCUUAUCUUGUAUGAGAGCAUCUGGAACCAAAAUAAUAAGCUUUUUAGUUGCAUCAAAAGCAAUGAGCUAUCUAUUAUUGACAGUUACAUGUCUAGGUGUUUGGAGGACAGCUCUUUCUCAGAGCUACUUGAUGAACGCUUUGACAUUAGUGUGCUGACUGAAGCUGAUGGCCCCUGUGAGGUUGCUGGUGUCACAGAUGAGUUCACGGCGUCUGUACGGAGGGCCAGAGACCUUAUGAGUGUUGAACCGGAUGGAUUCGUGGAGCAGGACAGUGAAGUAAGCUCCACAAAGACACUGCAGCGCUCGAAACGAGCAUGGAUGAUUCCUGGGACUCUAUGGUGUGGCUCCGGAAAUAAAGCCAUGGGGUGGACUGACCUGGGCGUCUUUGAAGAAACCGAUAAAUGCUGCAGAGAGCAUGACCACUGCAAACACACCAUUCCCUCCUUCUCGUACGACCAUGGCGUCUUCAACACAAACCUCUUCACGUUAUCACACUGUGACUGUGACAACAGGUUCCGCCGCUGUCUCCUGGGUGUUAAUAAUAGCAUGUCCAACCUUGUGGGCUACGGGUUCUUCAACGUGCUAAAGAUGAGCUGCUUUGAGUUCUCUCAGCGGACACAGUGUGCAAAGAGAACAUGGUGGGGCAGGUGUGUCAUGUCUGAACUUGCUCAAUACGCUGUGGUCAAAGAUGCAGCAAACUACACCGACACUCUCCCUGAACAAGACAUGGAGUCUCUGGAAAUGAGUUUUCAGCAAGCAAUCACAAUUAGACAGAACCAAGUCACCAAAAACAUGGAAGAAUCGCUUAUAAUUCAAUCCAAAGAUUUCAGGAAUGGCACUGAAAAACCGAGUCCAGUUUCGACAUCACCAGGGCCAUCUGUUACAACACUGCAGUCCCGGAAAUCUGAAGCUUCCGUCGUCCCAACAUACACACCAAAGACAACACUCGCCCAAAAUAAACCAGACAGACCACCAGGCAAGUUUGAGAUGUGUGACCUCUAUAAGGACCUGGAUUCAUGUCAUCUACAGAUUCCGGCUUUACAGGAGAAAUUUGGUCUGCAAAAUCCUUACCGGAGAACCCUUUAUCACUGUAACUGUACUGCCAGGCUUGUCAAAAAGAUCUUAUCCAAAGAACUGGAUGAAACUGAUCCUGUGCAUUCACUUUUGAUGGACUUCGUGUCACAAUCCUGCUUCAAUCUUCCAAAGUUUGAGGACUGUCUCAAUGGAAAAAGCUGUUCAACCCAGCUCAUCCAAAACUGGAGGACAGACAUGGCGGGAGGGCGUCAUCUAGUGGACUUCAAACGCAAACUCAAGAGGAUGAACCUCAAGCGCUCCAAGAGAAAAGACUCUCCAGUCAGAUUAUAUAAGAAAUGCAUCAGGAUGCACACUAAACUACAGAGACAUCGGGUUCCUGAACGGAAACUGUCGUAAAUACCAUCAGCCUACCAAAUCAGCAUAAACAAUGCAGCAAUGCAUUAUGAAACAGAACUCCUAUGAAACAGUGCUUAUGCACAUUAGGGAGUCUGUUGUUUGUGUAACCUGUAAAAAAAGUCUACGUUUAGCUAUGCAGU